AUGGCUGGUUCUGCAAGAGAUUUGGUUUCUUCAGUGUUGGUCUUCUUGACGAUGAUCAUCAGCUUCUCAGAAGGCAGAGAGUUCUUGGUUGGAUGCAAGACUAACACACGGAAGACUGUUUUGUCUGAAUUUGAGUCUCUUAAUCUAUGGGCUCAAAACUCUCGCUUCCUCAUUGGCGAUUCUCUCGUGUGGAAUUACGAUGGAAACAAAGAUUCGAUGGUAGAAGUAAGGAAGAGAGACUACAUUACUUGCAACACAUCGAGUCCAAUUGCAGAGCAUAAGGACAGUGACACCAAGGUCAAGCUCAAUUGA